AUGGCUAGACCACCGCCAUCUCGUGCUCUCUUCGAGUACGAAGCGAGUCACAACGCUAUCGUCUGCGGCCCCUAUCGCAUUGGGAUCACGGCCCGUCUGAAGGAGCGCCACCUCUAUGAAACACAUGGGAUCCUCAACUCCGCCGAAUGCCAGCGACACCUAGCAGCCAUCCCGGACGGGACCGCCCCGCUCUACGACCACUCCGACUUUACACCCCUCCCAGACGGUUCCCAACCGUUGCCGUUGCUCGCGAUCCACGAUCUCUGGAUAUGCGACACGUGCGGAUUCCGGUCCAAAAGUGACCGACUGGUCAAGAACCACAGCCGAGGGAAUCACGACCACGAUCCAUCCCAAGCGCAGAAGCUAGGAAUCUAUCGGGUCUAG